AAACCACCGGACUACACGCGCCUUCGUCUCAGUUUGAGCUAAGCUUUCUUCGAGCGAGCUACCUACGACUGUCAUAGAGCACACUUCAGCUAAACAUAAUCAGACGCGAACUUCACCAACAUGGAUAGCAUGAAAUCAGGUUGGUUCAGCGAAUUGAACGACCUCUGGCCCGGCGUUGCACUCUCACUGGAAGUGGAGGAAAUUCUGCAUUCCGAACGCUCUCAGUACCAAGACAUCUUGGUAGUAAAAACAAAAUCACAUGGCAAGGCUUUAAUGCUCGACGGCGUGAUCCAAUGUACGGAGAACGAUGAGUGGUCCUAUCACGAGAUGAUAUCGUAUUUAUCGCUAUGCAGCCAUCCAAAACCUCAGCAUGUUCUGAUAGUCGGAGGUGGUGAUGGUGGGGCUGCCCGAGAAGUCUCGAAACACCCAGAUGUCCAACGCGUCACGCUAGUGGACAUCGACGACCGAGUUAUCGAAGUGUGCAAACAAUAUUUGCCUCGUUUGAGUUUGGGUCUUAAUAAUCCUAAAGUAAAUGUUUCCGUUGGCGACGGUUUCGAAUUUCUAAGGCAUCAUCGUGGAGAAUUCGAUGUCAUUAUCACCGACAGUAGCGAUCCCGUAGGUCCCGCCGAGAAUCUCUUUAAACAAUCAUAUUAUGAAUUGCUGAAGGCUGCGUUGAAACCUGGUGGAAUCAUUGCUAGCCAGGCUGGCACAGCGUGGAUGAACUUGGACCAAGUGCAUAGCACAUUUCAACAUUGUAAGGCUGUAUUUCCUGUCGCUGCCUACGCGAUAACGGCUGUACCGACUUACCCCACGGGUCAAAUAGGUUUCGUUCUUGGCAGCUUAGAUAAUCAAACAAAUUUGGCAGAACCGGUGAGGGUAUUCAGUGACGAGGAUCUCGAGCGUAUGUCAAUAAAAUAUUAUAAUGAUAAGGUACAUCGGGCUGCUUUUGUCUUACCGAGAUUCGUGGAUAAGGCUUUGCGAGGUGCUUAAAAUAUUAGCGAAAUAUAUAGCGAUAUUUAUUAAAUUCGAUUUAAAAGCAGUGAUUGAUGCGAAACUUAUUUGUGUGUAAAUAAUAUUUAACAUGAGAUUUUGUGACAUAAUGAAAUAAAUAAAAAUAAAU